AUGGCCAGCGAAGAAGGAGACUCCACCGCUGGAGCGAACAUCCCCGCGUGGAAGAAGCUUGGGUUGAAGCUGAAAUACGCAAAGGAUCCGAUUCAGGAGGAGAUCGAGGCGAAGGAGAGCAAGAAGGACGAGGAGGGGAAGGAGAAGCGCAAGAGCAAGAAGAGACGGCAUGAGGAUGAGGAUGAUGAGCAGGAGGACGGCGAGGGGGAGGAGAAGAAGAAGGUGAAGAAGAGUAAGAAGAAGAGCAAGAGUAAGAGUAAGGAUCAGGAUGAAUCUGGUGAGAAGGAGGAGAAGGAGAAGGAGAAGGAGAAAAAGAAGAAGAAGAGGGUGUCGUUCUCGGCGGAUGCGAAGGUUCACGAUGGCGAGGAGAGCGACCACGACGACGUUGCGGCAUCUGAUGCCAAUGCUGAUGCUGAUGACGAGGAUUCUUCGAAAGCUGGCGAGAAGAGUGGAGCUGAGGAUGGCGGCAAAAAGAAAAAGAAGGAAAAGAAGAAGAAGAGCAAGGAUGGAAAGUCAACGAAUGGUGACGGAUCGCCGAGAAUCCACGAGACUCCGAUCCUGUCGUAUCUCAGCCUUUAUUACAAGCACCGGUCGGCUUGGAAGUUCCAGAAGAACCGUGAGACGCAUCUCUUCAAGCACAUUCUCUCGCUGGAACACGUUCCUACUCAGUACAACGCUGCGCUGCUGGCAUAUCUGCAAGGGCUGAAGAGUGAGGGCGCGAAGCAACGACUACGUGAAAUCGCCGAGGAGGUCGUGAAAGCAGAGAUCGAGGCGACAUCUACAGAGCCUGAAGCCAACGGCACGGAAGAAACGCAAGAGAGCCCCAAGCAGGACACGACCGGCUACAACAAGGCAGUUGACGCUUUCAAAGCGCACCUGUCCGAGGAUAAGAAAGACGAGCUGGAUCGCGUCCACAGCGCCGACGAGCUGGACGGGGAGACCGUAAAGAAGGUUGAGAAGAGACAGCGAGCAGAGCUUCUACUAUUUGCGGUCAAUGGCGCCAUUUACACCUUCCAGAAACCCAAGCCCGCUGCACAGAAGGGUAAGGGCGCGAAGAAGGCCCAGCCUGGCAAAAAGAAGAAGAAGAACCGCACGGCGUUCGUUGAAAUCUCGAGUAGCAGUGAAAGCGACAGUUCCAGCGAUAGCGACAGCGACGAUGACACAGCCAAAAAACCCCAACCCAAGAAGGAAUCGCGCAAAGAUGCCAGCGACUCGUCUUCUAGCGACUCAGACAGCACGAGCUCAAGUGAUUCUUCGUCUUCCUAG